AUGGCGCGAAAGAAAGUGUCCGGGGCGCGGGACGCGGGGCCGCGCGACCGUGGGACAGAGGCGCGCGCGCCAUCGUGCGGUGUGCGGUGUGCGGCGAGCGGCGGGCGCGGCGGCGGAGGCGGCGGCGUGUCGCAAAUAGCCCGUGACGCGGCGGGCGCUGCACUUUCGCGCGGUCAUGUGCCCGGCGCCGCAGCCAGACGCUCGUAA